AUGUCUUACAGCGGCGGUUACGGCGGCGGCGGUGGUGGUGGUGGUGGAUACGGCGGCGGCGGUCGCGGUGGUGACCGCGGCUACUCGAACGGUGGCGGCUACGGUGGCGGUUCCAACGGCUACUCCGGCGGCGGCGGAGGUGGCUACGGUGGUGGUGGUUAUGGCGGCGGCGGCUUUGGCGGUGGUCGCGACGGCGGUGACCGCAUGUCGCAACUCGGCCAGGGCCUGAAGCAGCAAUCAUGGGAUCUUGACACCAUGCCCAAGUUCGAGAAGUCUUUCUACAAGGAGGACCCCGCUGUUACUGCGCGAUCAGCCGCUGAGGUUGCCGAAUACCGCAAGGAGCACCAGAUGACCGUCAAGGGCGAGAACAUCCCUAAGCCCGUCACAACCUUCGACGAGGCUGGUUUCCCAUCCUACGUCAUGAACGAAGUCAAGGCCCAGGGUUUCGCAAAGCCCACUGCUAUUCAGGCUCAGGGUUGGCCCAUGGCUCUCUCUGGUCGCGACGUUGUCGGUGUUGCCGAGACUGGUUCCGGAAAGACGCUCACCUACUGUCUUCCUGCUAUCGUCCACAUCAACGCUCAGCCUCUCCUCGCCCCUGGUGAUGGCCCUAUUGUCCUGAUCCUCGCUCCCACUCGUGAGCUUGCUGUCCAGAUUCAACAAGAGAUCAGCAAGUUCGGAAAGUCCUCGCGCAUCCGAAACACCUGCGUCUAUGGAGGUGUUCCCAAGGGUCCCCAGAUCCGUGACCUCGCACGCGGUGUUGAGGUGUGCAUCGCCACCCCCGGACGUCUCAUCGACAUGCUUGAGGCUGGCAAGACCAACCUCCGCCGUGUCACCUACCUGGUUCUCGACGAGGCUGACCGCAUGCUUGACAUGGGUUUCGAGCCUCAAAUCCGCAAGAUUAUCGGUCAAAUUCGCCCUGAUCGUCAAACCUGCAUGUGGUCCGCUACAUGGCCCAAGGAAGUUCGCCAGCUUGCUGCCGACUACCAAAAGGACUGGAUCCAGGUCAACAUCGGUUCCAUGGAUCUCUCUGCUAACCACCGCAUUCAACAAAUUGUUGAAGUCUGCACAGAGUUUGAGAAGCGUGACCGCAUGGCCAAGCACCUCGAGACCAUCAUGAGCGACAAGGAUAACAAGAUCCUCAUCUUCACAGGCACCAAGCGCGUUGCUGACGAGAUCACCCGAUUCCUUCGUCAGGACGGCUGGCCGGCGCUUUCCAUCCACGGCGACAAGCAGCAAAACGAGCGCGACUGGGUCUUGAACGAAUUCAAGACGGGCAAGAGUCCCAUCAUGGUUGCCACCGACGUGGCUUCCCGUGGUAUCGAUGUCCGCAACAUUACUCACGUGUUCAACUAUGACUACCCGAACAACUCGGAGGACUAUGUCCACCGCAUUGGUCGUACUGGUCGUGCUGGCGCUAACGGUACUGCCAUCACACUCUUCACUACAGACAACUCCAAGCAAGCUCGUGAUCUCGUCCAGAUUCUCACAGAGUCCAAGCAGCAGAUCGAUCCUCGCCUCCACGAAAUGGCCCGCUACGGUGGUGGUGGCGGUGGUGGCGGUCGCUGGGGAGGUGGUCGCGGCCGUGGUGGAGGCCGUGGCGGACGUGGUGGUUGGACCGGAGGUAACAGCGAUCCCAUCCGCAACAGCCGUUGGUGA